CUGUAUUUCAAUGUCAACUUUUCUGAAAGCCUUCUUUUUUUUUUUAAAAAAAGAUAACUGUUACUAAAAGUUUCAGUUCUUUUUCUAUUUCAUUGCUUUUCUAUUUGUUAAUAGAUUUAGACGGAAAACUUUAGAAUAAGUACAUACAGCAAAUGAGCAAUACACCCUUAACAGCCGAAAAAUCAGCAACAGCAGCUGCCCCUUUAUUACCGAGGGAUCGUAACUUUGAAGGUGGUGAUUCACCUGCCGCCACACCUAGAUCUUCUCCUGCUAAGCGACGCAAGAUCGAUCCCACUUUAAAGAAUAGCACAGAACAAAAUGACGAAGAUGAUCCUUCACCUAUAACGAAUGAUACGGCUAUGACAGAAUCUAUGCCGAUCGAUCCUAGCUCAAAGCCUUCUCAAUGGCAAGCAACUAUCAACCAAGUAGUAAAAGCCAUUGUUUCUAUUCGCUUCAGUCAAGUUGCGGCUUUUGACACAGAAGGUCCUGAGACUUCAGAAGCGUCUGGAUUUAUUGUGGAUGCUGAAAAGGGUAUCAUUUUAACCAACCGUCAUGUCGCUUGUUCUGGUCCUUUCGUUGGUGAAGCCAUUUGCCAUGACCAUGAAGAAGUGGAUGUUUAUCCAAUUUAUCGUGAUCCAAUUCAUGAUUUUGGUUUCCUAAAAUUUGACACAAAAAAGAUCAAAUAUAUGCCUAUCAGUCAAGUUGAACUUCGCCCUGAAUUAGCCAAAGUCGGUUUAGAUAUUCGCGUUGUUGGUAACGAUGCCGGUGAAAAGCUUAGUAUUUUAGCUGGCUCAAUAUCGCGUUUGGAUCGUAAUACACCAGAUUAUGGAGAUUUGACUUACAAUGACUUUAACACUUUUUAUCUUCAAGCUGCAUCAAGUACCAGCGGAGGAAGUAGUGGGUCUCCUGUGAUAGAUAUAGAUGGAAAUGCAGUUGCUCUUCAAGCAGGUGGUCAUACCAAAGCAGCGACCGAUUUUUUCCUUCCCUUAGAUAGAGUGAAACGUGCCUUGGAAUAUAUUAGAAAAGAUCAAGUAGUACCCAGAGGGGAUAUUCAAACACAAUUCAUGUAUCGUCCAUUCGAUGAAGUGCGCAGAUUAGGGUUAAGAAGCGAGACAGAAUCCAACCUAAGAGAAAGAUUUCCCGAUGAAAUCGGGCUACUUGUUGUGGAGACAGUGUUGCCUGAAGGCCCAGCCUACAAUAAAUUAGAAGAGGGGGAUGUUUUGCUGACGAUGAAUGGCGAAUAUAUUACCAAGUUUGUGCCGUUCGAAGAUAUGUUGGAUUCAAAUGUUGGAAAGGAAAUCACAAUUUGUAUUGAACGUGGAGGAAAGCCGAUGGAGUUGAAGGUGACAGUCGGAGACCUUCACGCCAUUACGCCUGAUCGUUAUGUCGAAGUAGGUGGGGCUGUAUUGAAUGAGGUCUCUUAUCAGUUGGCGAGAUCUUAUUGCGUUCCAUGUAGAGGCGUUUAUGUAGCCGAUCCAGUGGGUAUGUUUCGUUUGGAUGGACCGGAUAAUGGCUGGAUCAUUCAAUCGGUAGACGAUAAAGAAACGCCCAACCUCCAGACAUUUAUUGAAGUGAUGAAGACGAUUCCUGACCGCAAGCGUAUACCGGUUGUCUAUUAUUCUAUUGCCGAUACACAUUCAGUGUCGAUGGCCGUUGUCAACAAUGAAAGACACUGGUCUCAUUUCAGAUUGGCUGUACGCAAUGAUAAGACUGGAUUGUGGGAUUUUACAGACCUUGGCGAGCCUUUGCCUCCCGUGCCAGAUGUGCCAACGACGAAACAGUUCAUCCAGUUGGAUCACAGUUUAGGACCUGCGAGAGAUUUGUUUCGCUGUCUUGUCAAAGUACAUUACUUCAUGCCUUGUCGUUUGGAAGGCUUCCCUCGUAAUCGUCGACAAGGUGCAGGCAUCAUUGUGGAUAAAGAAAGGGGGCUUGUCGUUGUCAGUAGAAGCACAGUUCCGACCUCCAUGGGUGAUCUUACAUUAAAUAUUGCCGAUUCAAUCAUCAUUCCUGGAAAAGUUCUAUUUUUGCAUCCUACACACAAUUUUGCCAUUAUUCAAUAUGAUCCCAAACUCUUGGGUGAAACGGACGUGUUGAGCGCUCCAUUUAGUGAUAAACCACUCCAUCAAGGCCAUAAAGUGACAUUAGUAGCAUUGAAUCACAACCAGCGACCGGUGUGUCUGAACACGGUGGUAACAGAUAUCAACUUUGCGACCAUUCCUCAUAAUAAUACGCCUCGUUACCGUGGUAUUAAUGUCGAUGCUAUCACACUGGAUACACCGCUUGCGCUGCAAUGCUCCUCAGGUUUGUUAGCCGACUCGGAAGGCCAGGUUCAGGGUUUUUGGCUCAACUUUUUGGGUGAACGUAAUAUGAAUGGCCAAGACAAUGAAUAUCAUGUCGGUAUCUUUACCUCGUCGGUGCGUACAGUCCUCCAACGUAUUCAACAGGGAGAGACCCAUAUCAAUAUUCGCAGCCUCAAUGUCGAAUUGGUGCCUGUUCAAAUAGCACAAGCGCUCGCGUUGGGACUCUCUGAUGAAUGGAUAAAAAAAGUGGAGGCUGCCAACCAAUACAAACACCAGCUUUUCAUGAUCCGCCGUACAGAAGUUGGGUAUGAGAGCUCGAAAGUUCUCAAAAUAUUGGAUAUUAUUCUAGCUGUCAAUGGAAAGAUGGUGACGAGGAUGUCUGAUAUGGAUGUUCAGCAUGAUCUUGAUGAAAUGGAGCUGAUUGUUUUACGAGCCAAAAAAGAAAUUACGGUAAAGGUCAAGACCACCGAGGUUUCUGGCAUUGGAACGGAUCGUGUUGUCUUUUGGGCAGGCGCAGUCUUGCAUGAGCCACAUAAAGCUGUUUUACAACAAAGCCGAAAAUUACCAUCUCGUAUCUACAUCUCGGGUCGUGCCAAGGGUUCGCCGGCUUAUAUGUAUGGACUGGUGCCCACCAUGUGGAUUACGCAUAUCAACUCUGAGAAGGUUGUCACGUUGGACGACUUGAUUCGUGCUGUGAAGGAUGUAAAAGAUAAUACUUAUGUACGCGUACGUUGUGUUAGCUUUGAUAAUAUUCCUAUCAUGCUAUCUGUGAAAAUGAUUAAUCACUAUUUCCCGCUUGCAGAAGCAGUGAAAGACGCCACCAAAGAUUGCGGCUGGGCGAUCAAAGAAUAAGAAACGCCAUGUUUAUGUUGCAGCAUUUACUUUUUUUUUUCUUUUUUUUUUUAUUGUUCUUUUCCUUUUUUUUUCCCGCCU